CCAGUUGCGCGUGCCCGGGAAUUUCCUUUUGAAGCGGGUGCAUGUGUGAGCGAGGAUUGCCUUGUCAUUGUAUCCAGACAGAGAGAAACGCGUGGUCAGCGGCACCACCGAUAGCUCCACUGCAGCCUAACUGUCAGACUUUAAGCCAGACAUGGAUCCUGAAAAGAGCGGCGAGGCUUUAGAUGCGUCAGAGACUCCACAGCCUGUAAUGGAAAAAGAGGUUGUGUCAAAAGUGGAGACACCAGAGGAAUCUACAGAGCCUGAGAAGCCACCAGCUGUUGAUGAAGAGAAUAAGCAGCUGGCAGUGAAUGGUCAUCCUACAGAAGUCAUAACCCCAAAAGAAACAGAAGAGUUGAUUGUGACAGAAACUGUUAGGCUGUCUGAGGAAAAACACGAAAUGGGGAUUGAGGACAGCUUACCAAGAGGAAAAUCUGAAAUGGAGUCAGCGUCUGAUGUGGUGGCACCACCAGAACCAGAUGAGUCAUCUGAAAAGAUCUCCAACGAAGCUACUGGUUUAGAACCAGAAAACAACCAAUCUGGACAGCAGCCUGUGCCAGAGAAUGACCCAGAACCUUUGCCUGUGCAAACACCACUGCCAGAGAGUGCCCCUGAACCAGAGCCAGAGAAAUCGGCAGAAUCAGUUCCAGAAGCCGAACUAAAAGAGCAAACAUUACCUGAACCAGCCCUGCUGCAGUCACUGGUGGACCCACAACCACCCAGCCAAGAAGAGAGAGAGUCAGAACAAGUGGAAACUAAGAAGGAACCGCAGACUACAAUGGACACAGAGGUAAAAGAAGUUGCCAAAGAGGAAGUGGCAGAAAAGGGUGACACUGCCAAGCCUACAAAGGAGGUGGAGGAGGAAAAGGCACCUGAGACUGUGUUGGUGUCAGAAGUUUCUCCAGAAAAGCCAUCAGGAGCUGUGACACUGAAGGAAGAAGCAUCAGCUGAUACUGAAAUUGUGAAACCUGCAGAAGACAAGACGGAAGUUGAACCAGAAAAAACAGUUGACUCUGACACACCAAAGGGAGCUGAGGCAGCACCAGAAGGUGACGCUGUUAAAUCUGAGAAUGGUGCUGAGCCUCAAAAGGAAGAGGAUACGGUCCCUGCAACUGCCUCCCUCUCUUUUGCCUUCCUGGAACGAGAGCAGACCAAAGAUGCCCUACGAACCUCUCGUACCCUUAUUGUCCUCCGCGGCCUGCCAGGAAGCGGUAAAAGCUUCUUGGCAAGCGCCAUAGCUGAUGCCUACAAAGACCACUGCUCUGUGAUCUGUGCUGAUAACUAUGCUGUAAAGCCAGAGAAUCUUGAAUCAUCUGCGGAUGGAUACAAGGCUCUGGAUGAGGCUGUGGUGGCCUGUUGCAGUGCCGGAACAGCAUCCUCUCUGUUUAUAGUGGUGGAUGACAGCAACCACACCCAGGAUCGGUUGGCCCGUCUGGGGGAAAUUGCCGAACAGCACCAACUCGUUGCUGUCUUUUUGGAGCCCCGUACUGAAUGGAACAGAGAUGUGACACAGCUGACCAAGAAGACCAAGCGUGAACUUGGGGAGGCCCAACUGGAAGCCAUGAAAGGUCCACUUGAGGAAAUGUCACUGCCUCUUUACUUUGGCUGGUUUCUGCUCUCCCCUGUCCAGAACAAGGUGAGGUGCACAUCAAUGGACUUCCUGAAAACGCUGGACACCUUGGAGGCCUUCAAGAAAUACUUGACUGACUUCACAGGGAAGCCUGAGAAAGAGGUGGAUUUGGAGCAGUACUUUCAAGCCAAAGGGCCCCUCCAUUGCACUACAAAGUUCUGCAACUAUGGGAAAGCUGAGGGUGCCAAAGAGUAUGCAGAGAAUCCAGCUGUCAAAGAGUUCUACAGUUCCGUGUUCGAGUUGUCACUGAGCGCUCUCUUUGUCACUCCUCGCACUGUUGGCGCCAGAGUGUCCCUCACCGAGGAGCAGCUUCUGCUGUGGCCAGCCGAUGCCGAGACGGAGGUAGAGCCUGCUACCUCCCUACCCUUGGGAAGCCGUGCCCACGUUACUCUAGGAUGUGCAGAGGGCGUUGAGCCAGUUCAAACAGGUCUGGAUCUGCUGCAAAUCCUGACCCUGCAGCAGGAAGGCCAGCAGCCUGAGACCGUUGAGGAGAUGGAGCUUGGCUCGCUGACCUAUUAUGGUGAAGGAAGGUGGUGGCUCAAGCUCAGAGAGCCGAUCUGCUCCCCAGCCUGCUUCUCCAGCUUCUACGGGUGCAAGGAGGGCGAGCCGACCAAGAAAGAACCAGAGAAGAAAAAGAAGCAAAAGUGCACCAUACUGUAAAUGGCAAACAGGGAGAUGUGUGGCUGGGAUGACUGGUGAAUUAAAACUUAGGCUUACUCUGUGCAAGGUUUGUGUGUUUAUGCUGUGUUUAGGGUUUCAGUUAUAGCCACCCUAAAUCCAUAAGCUGUGUGCCUUUUUUACUGUUGAUUUGCACCACAAUCCAAGAUGCCUUCAAUCCAGUUAGGCUUGUUAACGUUGUUGAGUAUCUUGUUUCACAUAUCAGUGCCAGAGUUGCAGUACCUGGCGAUGUGCUGAGGUGUUAUUAGCUACAGUUUUAGACUAUGGUAGUAUAGCCUCCUCCCACAGCUCCACAGUUAUCUAACAACUUAGAUUUCCUCUUCUAUACAUGUCAGUGUCACUCAGUAUUCACAUUUACAGAAUCUAGAAAACUUUCAUUGCAUGCAUCCCAGGUAUAUGGUACAAACUUAUUAACACAUUCCUGACCUGCUAAGAGUACCUCUGCCGCUUCAACAGAAUGUGUCUAGUGUUUCCUUUGUCUCGUAAGUUAAAAGUAUUAGACGUCAUUUACGUGCAAGUGUGUGUGUGCACGCCUCCUAGGAAGUAAUUGUCAAAAUAGCAUAUGGGCCAAAGUUAUCUAUUUGAUUAAGUGUAUUAGAAUGAAUGUCAUUUAUAGAGGUCCUUCCUUGUAAAACCUUUGCACUGUGCAUAGUUUGAAAAGGAGAACGCUGAUGAAUUUGGUAUUUGUUUCAGCAGCUUGCACUUAGUAAUUAUCAAAUGCUGUGAAUCCAAGUCCAUGUUUUGCAAUCUUUUCUACUGCGCAAGACUGCACCAUUGAUCCCUUUUAUCCUCUUUGAACAGCACUUCAUGUAUUGGAUUUCAAUUUGUAUCCUCUGUGACGGUAAUUUUUGACGGGCAAGUCCUACUUUGUGUAGCUCUUAUGAAUCACUAUUUUUGCACUUGUUUUGUACACUUAAUAAAAAAGAACAUGCUUUGCUCCAAUAA